AUGUCGUACGUAUUAUCAACAUCAACAAGAAACCUAUUGGCGAAAAAUGUGCUGAAGCUAAGUACUAAAAACGGUACUGCUUCUCUUCAGCCGUUGGCUUGUAGCAGAUUUUAUAGCAAUGCUGAGAAGACCUUAAAGGAAAGGUUUGCAGAAAUUUUCCCAUCGAAAGCUGAAGAGAUCAAACAACUGAAGAAGGAAUGCGGUGAUACUGUGAUUGAUAAAGUUACAUUGAACCAGGCUUAUGGUGGUAUGCGCGGUAUUAAGGGUUUGGUCUGGGAAGGUUCAGUGCUAGACCCAGAGGAAGGUAUCAGAUUUAGAGGUCGUACCAUCCCGGAGAUUCAGAAAGAAUUACCAAAGGCUGCUAACAGCGAUGAGCCAUUACCAGAAGCUCUCUUCUGGUUGCUGUUGACCGGCGAAAUCCCAUCCGAUGCCCAGGUCAAGGCUCUAUCUGCCGAUUUAGCCUCUAGAUCGGAAUUGCCAGAGCACGUGACAAACCUUCUGGACAGCCUACCAAGGGACUUGCAUCCAAUGGCUCAAUUCUCCAUUGCCGUUACAGCUUUGGAGAGCGAGUCCAAGUUUGCCAAGGCCUAUGCUCAGGGUGUGGCCAAGAAGGACUACUGGAAUUACACAUUUGAAGAUUCUCUAGACCUGCUGGGCAAGUUGCCCGUCAUCGCAUCUAAGAUUUACCGCAACGUGUUCAAGGAUGGUAAGAUUGGUGAAAUAGACGCCAAUGCUGAUUACGGUAAGAACUUGGCCCAACUUCUGGGUUACCCUAAUAAGGAUUUUGUCGAGUUGAUGAGAUUGUACUUGACCAUUCACUCCGAUCACGAAGGUGGUAAUGUUUCCGCUCACACCACUCAUUUAGUCGGUUCAGCGUUGUCAUCACCAUACCUAUCUCUAGCCGCUGGUCUUAAUGGUUUGGCUGGUCCAUUGCAUGGCCGUGCUAAUCAAGAAGUCUUGGAAUGGUUGUUCAAGUUGAGAGAAGAAGUUAAUGGUGACUACUCUAAGGAAACAAUCGAGAAAUACCUAUGGGACACAUUGAACGCAGGUAGAGUGGUUCCAGGUUACGGGCACGCCGUCUUGAGAAAAACUGAUCCUCGUUACACUGCUCAAAGGGAGUUCGCUUUGAAGCACUUCCCAGAUUACGAGUUGUUCAAAUUGGUUUCUACAAUAUACGAAGUCGCGCCAGGCGUGUUGCAAAAGCAAGGCAAGACCAAGAAUCCAUGGCCAAACGUCGAUUCACACUCCGGUGUUCUAUUGCAGUACUACGGUCUAACUGAGGCAUCUUUCUACACAGUUUUGUUUGGUGUUUCCAGAGCCUUCGGUGUAUUGCCUCAGUUGAUUAUCGACAGAGCUGUCGGAGCCCCAAUUGAAAGACCAAAAUCGUUCUCGACCGAAAAGUACAUUCAACUGGUCAAAAACAUCAACGCCAACAAAUGA